AUGCGAUGUCAUUAUGAUGUAUUAGAGGUUGAUUGUAAUGCUGAUGAUGAUACGAUCAAAAAGUCUUAUCGAAAGUUGGCUCUCAAAUGGCAUCCUGAUAAAAAUCCAACUAAUGUGGAAGAAUGUACUAGGUACUUUGCGUUAAUACAGCAAGCUUAUGAUAUUUUGAGUGAUCCACGUGAAAGAGCUUGGUAUAAUCGACAUAGAGAAAGCAUUCUAAAAGGAGGAAUUAACGAACAUUAUGAAGACAACAGUCUUAAUUUAUUCCCUUAUUUCACAUCAACUUGCUAUUCCGGUUUUGAAAGUAAUCAUAAGAAUUUUUAUGUUGUAUAUAGACAAGUCUUCGACACCCUGGCGUCUGAAGAUUAUGAAUUUCUGGAUGGACAACCUCAGGCAUAUCCAAGCUUCGGUGAUGAGAACAGUACCUAUGACGAUAUAGUUGGUCCGUUCUAUGCAUUCUGGGGAAGUUUUUGCACCGUCCGAUCAUUUGCAUGGUUAGACAAAUUUGACAUACGUGAUGCUACAAAUCGUCGCGUUGUCAAGGCGAUGGAAAAAGAAAACAAGAAAUUGAGAGAAGCGAGCAAACGUGAAAGAAACGAAGAAAUUCGGGCUUUGGUUUCAUUCAUACGAAAGCGAGAUCCACGGGUUCAUGCACACAAAAAGGAGCUAAAGGAGAGAAGUCAAGCUGGUAAAUACAAAGAAUCGGAAGAAGUACGGCAGUCGCAGCUGGAGAAUUUGCGUGAAAUUGAGGAAGCUUUAGAUGCGGAAUUCGGAAGCAAUAAUGACGGAAGUGAAAUGGAAUUUCAGAAAGAAUUGGACUUUUAUUGUGUGUUUUGUGAAAAAGCAUUCAAAACUGAAAAGGCAAUGAACAACCACAAGAGAUCGAAAAAACAUAAGGAUACGGUUGCUUUGUUAAAGAAGCAUGUAAAGGAGGAUGAUGCUUACUUAUUAGUAAUUGAUGAAAAAGAUGUUGCAAAUGAGGAAGCUAAAACAGGUAAAAAGAAGUCAAAAGAGCAAAAACAAGAGGAACGGAAAAAAGAUGUAAAUGAUUCGGAUGAAGCCGACGGUGACGAUAGAAACGAACCAAACGCAUCGGAAAAAGAAGCGAAUGAAAUUUUAAUUAAAAGUAAUACUGAGCGGCUUGGCGAGGAAUAUGCUGCAAACACUAACGAGAUAAAUAUAUUCUUGGAAAUGUCCAAAGAAGUUCCAAAAAUAUCGCAACCUAAUAAUAAAGCUCGGAGGCGUAAAGAAGGAGCAGGAAUUGCUAAAAGUAAUGCGGCGGAAGACAUAAAUUCAAAAAAAAGUACAUGUGAUCGUUGCGGUGAAUUUUUCGAAUCUCGGACAAAAUUAUUUGCUCAUUUGAGAGAAUCCGCGCACGCGACACUGAAAACAUUUCCUGUUGCGACUUCAACAAAAGUUAAAAUCAGCAAAGUUAGGAAAAAGUGA